GUCUUUGCGGAAGUUAUAAUCCGCCGGUAUGUGCUGGAAAAAGCGGAGAUUAGCUACCAAAAUCCAAGGAGGGUUGUGGCAAUCGCUAAACGGAAGAAGAUUACGAAAUUUGUCGGUUUUUAAUACGAAUAGGCGGUUUUAUCCCCAACUAUCAUAUCAAAAUAAUAUGUAAUGGAAAACGAAAAUAGACAGUAAGACACAUAUUCCGCUGCGGUGUAGUAAGUGCAGAGAGAGAGAAGCAGUGACCAUUUGUUUGAACUUGAAGCGAAUAAUGAAAAGCUCACAUGUUGAUAAGUAAGUAACAAGCGCAACCGACAAGAGUGUUGCAGUGAGAGUGUGAGAAGAGUUCCUUCAUUCACGAGAUAUCCAAGUCUAUCCAUCACUGAGUUUGGAACACUCAAAACUCUCACUGAGAUGGGUUCUGUUUCUCUGAAGAUAGGAGAUGGAACUGCGAGAUUCCAGAGUGCCACUGUGUGUUCUUCAGCUGUCAACAUCCUCAUGAUAUUCUCCGUUAUCACCACCAACCUCUUCGCCCUCUACGCUUUCACCGCUUCCAACAAACACCACCAAAGCCAGCACCUUCUCCUCCAGCAUGCUCACAAGAACUUCUCCCUCAUCUCCGAGCAGGUCCAGCUCAUACUCAACGAGAUCGAUUCCUCUCAGAAGAAGCUUGCCCAGAUGGAGAAACAGCUUCUCGGUUACGAUACCAUCGAUCUUUCAAGGCCCAACAUUGCACCCGAGCUCAAACUCUUUCUCCAGCAACACCAGCUCCCUCUCGGCAAAGAUUCCAAGACUGGAAUCACUGAGAUGGUGCCAUCUGUUGGCCAUUCCUGCGAGAAAUCCUCCGACUUGUUGUCUCAGUACAUGACUUACAAGGUUCAUGGAAGCUGCCAAGAUGAUUGGAUUUUGGCGCAGAAGCUUAUCUUGCGUGCCUGUGAGCCUUUGCCUCGAAGAAGGUGUUUUGCUAAGGUCGUUUCCAAGGUCGGCCUUUAUCCUUUUCCUGAUUCACUUUGGAAACCUGUUGCUAAUAAAACUGUUAACUGGAGUGGUCUUAGUUGUAAGAAUUUCCAGUGUUUGAAUGGGAAGAAGUUGAAUAGAGAGUGUAUUGGCUGUUUUGAUUUGCUUAAUGGUUAUGAGAGUCAGAGGUUUGUUAAGGCUAGGGGUAAGAAUGACUUUCUCAUUGAUGAUGUGUUGGAACUGGGAAGUGGUGGAAUCAGAGUUGGGCUUGAUCUUGGAGGUGGCUCUGGCUCCUUUGCUGCUAGAAUGGCCGAAAGGAAUGUAACUGUGAUUACAAGUACUCUGAAUGUUGAUGCCCCUUUCAGCGAAUUCAUUGCGGCAAGGGGAUUAUUCCCUCUUUACUUGAGCUUAGAUCAUAGGUUCCCGUUCUAUGAUAAUGUGUUUGACUUGGUCCAUGCUGCAAGCUCCUUGGAUGUUGGUGGGAAACCAGAGAAGUUAGAGUUUUUGAUGUUCGACAUUGAUCGCAUUUUGCGCCCAGAUGGCUUGUUUUGGCUGGACAACUUCUAUUGCACAAGCGAUGAGAAGAAGAGAGAACUGACUCGGUUGAUCGAAAAGUUUGGAUAUAAAAAGUUGAAAUGGGUUGUGGGAGAGAAAAUUGAUAGUCUUGGAUCAGGCAAGUCUGAAGUUGUCUUAUCUGCUGUUCUUCAGAAGCCAGUAAGGGUGUAAAGCGUAGGGACUAAUGCAACACCAGAAGGAAAGAGGUGACAAAAUUCUGAUGCAGCGGACGCAGUUCACAAAUUCCCUGCAGACAGCAUUUUUAUGAAGAAUAUGUCAGUGCAUCAUAAGAUAAUAAAUUAAGCAUGGAGUUUUAACACAUUACUGGAACAGAAGUGAGAAACUUACCCCCAAGGAUCAUCC